UACAACACCUCUGCUAUGCCCUUGUUGUCGGUGUGGGGAGAGUCAGAGCAUUUUAACACAGUCUGACUUGUGUUAUUACCAUCUAAUUUAGUGAUGUUUCCCUCUGGGAUUCAGGUUUGGAGAUGGAUGCUUUUUGCCUAUUUUCACCGGCUUUGUGUGUGUCAAGACAUUCAAGAAACACCAAGACCGUCUUACCUGGUAACUAUUCCUGCAGUGAUCCCGGCAGGUUUGGAGGCCAGGUUUUGUGCCAGCCUUCUGCAGCCCAAGGAGACCCUUGUUAUGACCAUAUCUCUGAUUGAUGAUGAACAGAACUCAACCCUUCUUAGGGAGAGUUCUGAUCAAGAGUUUCAUCGCUGUUUCCAGUUUCAGGCACCUGAACUCCAGGUAGAAAAGAUACUCAUGUUUAAGGUGGAGGUUCGCGGUGAAACAUUUGUCUCGACAGAGGAGAGAAAGGUCAAGAUCAAACCCUACAGCCCGAUUACAUUUGUCCAAACUGACAAACCAAUAUACAACCCAGGACAAAUAGUUCAUUUUAGAGUCAUCACCUUGGAUACCAGCUUUAGACCUGUGAAUCAGUUGUACAGCAUUGUGGAACUUGAGGAUGUAAAUGAAAACAGGAUUGGACAGUGGUUAAACACCACAUCUAGUAGCAAGAUUUUACAGCUUUCUCACCCCUUGAACUCUGAAGCACCCAAGGGAACAUAUAAAGUUGUUGUCUGGAUUGAUGGGAAAAGUAUAAACCACAGGUUUAAAGUAGAACAGUACGUUUUGCCAAAGUUUGAGAUCAAAUUAAAUCUCAGAGAUGAGAUCAGUGUUGGUGAAGAGGAGUAUAAAGUGGAAGUGUGUGCAAAGUACACCUAUGGGCAACCUGUACCUGGUAUAGCUGAGGUAGAGUUGUGCCGGCCCUUGGACUUUCAUAUAUCCUCAGAAAAUGACGACAUCAAUUAUACACAACCUUGCCACAAAGAAUCAGUUGAGAUGGACCAAACUGGAUGUGCCUCUCAUGUCUUUAACCUGUUAGCUUUCAAGGAUGAAAGCAAUAAAUUGCUCAUUGACAAUUUUUUAUGCAGUACUAAAGUAGAGGAGCAGGGAACAGGUAUUAUACGAUCUGAAGAAAAACGCAUCACAUUUUCCUAUGUUUUAGGAAAGCUCUCAUUUGUCGACACACCCAAAAUAUAUGAACAUGGAUCAAUUGUUGAGGGCAAGAUUAAAGCUGUUCACUUCAAUGACACGCCAAUAUCUGACAUGUCAGUUUAUCUGCUUGGGAGCGAUUGGUCAUCAUUACGUCAUCUACUGAACCUAACCACAGACAUUCAUGGUAUCGCCAGUUUCUCUCUCAACACAACUGGAAUGCCUAACGAGGAUAUUGAUCUCAUAAUAAGCAGCACACCAGAAUUUUCUUAUGGUGGAUACAGGACCCCAUAUUUUGACACAGGAAAGCAUAAACUUUCAGUGAUACGACCUGCUGCCCCUGACAGUAAAACAUCCAGUUACCUGGAUAUUCAGAAGACUGACCAAACACUGGCAUGUGGGCAGGAAGUGUCAAUCCCCGUCCAGUACGUCAUCGUAGGAGAGACCGCCUCCAGUGGUGCUGUUGAUGUCAUCUACCUGGCCUUAUCCAGAGGGGCGAUAGUUGAUCAUGGAUACAGGAAGGUUAUCAUGCAGGACAGUUCUGUAACUGAGGGUGAAGUCACCUUUGACCUGGCAGUGGUUCCAGAGAUGGCACCGGUGGUACAGAUCCUUGUGUAUAGCAUGUUACCCAGUGGGACUAUCAUCGCCCACAGCAUGAACUUCCCCACUGAGAAAUGCUUCAGAAACAAGGUGUCAGUGGAGUUCUCUCCCUCCAAUGCAGUUCCAGGGGAGAAGAACACCCUGCAGCUCUCUGCCCUGCCUGGUUCCCUGUGUGGUCUCAGUGCUGUGGACAAGAGUGUUCACAUCAUGGAGCCGGGAAAGAGACUGGAUGCUGGCAAGAUAUUUAAUAUUCUACCAGUCACAGAGGCAAAUUCUUUUGAUUAUGAUCUUGAAGAUCCCUCUGAUUGUUUGCAAGUACGCCUGAGAAGAUAUAUAUUGCCCCAUCCAAGACCUAAUAGGGAGAAAAACUCUGCUUAUGAAGUGUUUAAGAAAUUAGGACUGAAGCUGGCAACAAAUCUUGUUUACAGAGUACCUGCAUGCUUGAAGUUCCAGGGAGUAGAAUAUUAUCACUCCUCGGUUGGUACCUACAGAACAUAUUACCUCCAAAGCCAUCCCGAGUAUUCCAUGAUUCAUGGGUUUAUCUUGGAUAGGAGUAGACUCAUACCGACAGCACAGAUAGUACAGAUGCGUACCUUCUUCCCUGAGACGUGGAUAUGGGACCUUGUGGAAGUAGGGGAGUCUGGAUCAGCAGACGUGUCCCUGACAGUCCCAGACACCAUCACCACCUGGGAGACAGAGGCCUUCUGCCUGGCCCCCGGUGGGUUUGGUCUGGCUCCCCCAGUGGAGCUCACGGUCUUCCAGCCCUUCUUCCUGGAGAUCACCCUGCCCUACUCCAUCAUCCGGGGAGAGAACUUUGACCUGAAGGCCACUGUCUUCAACUACCUGUCCAAGUGCAUCAUGGUUGCAGUGACUCCAGCUCCCUCAUUGGACUACACUCUCACACCCUUGAAUGACGUCCAGUACUCAUCAUGCUUGUGUGCCAAUGAACGAAAGACCUUCAGCUGGACAAUGUCACCCUCUGCCCUUGGGGUUUUGAAUGUGACCAUUAGUGCAGAGGCUGUCCAGUCACAUGCUGCUUGUGACAAUGAGAUUGUGAGUGUACCAGAGAGAGGACGCAUUGACAUAGUCACACGGAGCCUGCUAGUGAAGGCUGAAGGAACUGAAGAAACUAAAACCUACAACUGGUUGCUGUGUCCAUCUGGAGAAGCUCUGACAGAGGAGGUGGAACUGCAACUGCCCAUGAUUGUGGUAGAAGGAUCUGCUCGAGCUUCAGUCUCAGUCCUGGGGGACAUUCUGGGCCGCGCCCUCAAGAACCUGGAUGGACUGUUGCAGAUGCCAUAUGGGUGCGGAGAGCAGAACAUGGCGCUUCUUGCCCCCAAUAUCUACAUCCUAGAGUACUUGAGGAACACAGAGCAGCUCACCUCAGCCAUCAGAGACAAGGCCACCAAGUUUCUCACUAGUGGUUACCAAAGGCAGCUGAAUUACAAGCAUUCAGAUGGGGCCUACAGCACAUUUGGCCAAGGAUCUGGAAACACUUGGCUGACUGCAUUUGUCUUGAGAUCCUUUAGCAAGGCACAGUCUUUUAUCUAUAUAGAUCCUUUAAAAAUUAAGGAAACCACGACAUGGUUGGAAGAGAAACAAAAAGAAAAUGGCUGUUUCCUAAGACUUGGGGAACUCUUUAACAACCGAAUGAAGGGUGGGGUGUCUGAUGAAGUAACUCUUACAGCCUACAUAACUGCCUCAAUGCUGGAGAGCAACAUGUCAGUUUCAGAUCCUGUUGUGAACAGCAGCUUGUCUUGUCUGAGGAACUCCACCAGUGAUUUGUCCAACACCUACACUACUGCUCUGCUAGCCUACACCUUUACCCUGGCAGGAGACAUGGAGAUGCGGACGCUGCUUCUGCAGCACCUGGACAAGAUUGCUUUACAAGAGGGGGGUCUCCUGCACUGGAACCAGACCUCCUCAGAGACCUCAGCCUCUCUGGCAGUGGAGAUCAGCUCCUAUGUUCUGCUGGCGUCCCUCAGUGCCUCCCCUCUGUCUACCGCUGAUCUGGGCUACUCCUCCCGCAUAGUCAGGUGGUUGGUGAAGCAGCAGAACUCCUAUGGUGGCUUCUCCUCCACACAGGACACAGUGGUGGCCCUCCAGGCCCUGUCUCUGUACUCCACCAAGGUGUUCAGUAAAGAGGGCUCCAGCACAGUGACAGUAAAAUCUCCCAGUGGGGGACAGCAUGUCUUUGAUGUGAACCAGAACAACAAGCUUCUCUACCAGGAGCGCCAGCUGCAGGAUGUGGCUGGGAAGUACACUGUGGAGGUGAAGGGCAGUGCUUGUGCCUCAGUACAGCUGUCACAGCAUUACAACAUCCCUACUCCUACAGUUGACACAUCGCUCAGCAUUCAGGUCAUACCAGAAGUUGAGUGUAACAGCGACACUAAGAGAAAAAUAGUCAGGCUGAAUAUUCAAUUCCAGUAUGAAGGAAAAGAACAGAACACCAAUAUGAUUAUAGUGGAUAUGAAAAUGUUGUCUGGCUUUUCCCCUGUCCCAGAAUCCUUGUUGGAGAUGAAGAAUUACCUUCUUGUGGAGCGUGUCGAUACCAAAGAUGACCAUGUUUUACUGUACUUGACAGGGUUACAAUCAGCCGUGCCCCAUUACUGCAGCCUAGACAUCGUUCAGCAGCUCCCAGUAAAGAAUCUAAAACCAGCUGUGGUCAAAAUCUAUGACUACUACCAGCCAAGUGACCAGGCUGAGACAGAAUAUGACUUCCCAUGUGAUAUUGUCCAAACGAUCUACGAAAAUGGAAAGACGGAGGAAAUUAUACAGAUUUACGAGAUACCACGCGUACCACUGUUACCAGAGACUUUCUAGUCCACUGGUGCCGGUCAAGGAUGCCCCCUAGAUAAAUGAAGAAAUGCAUUCCAGAGCAUGGCCCACCUGUGUACACUGUUCUUAUUGUACCAUGGAACUGGCACUCAGUGGAACUGGUUAUUCAAUAAAGCCUUGCUUUGCACAUCAA